GCCAUCUUGUUGUUGAUCCGUACCUAGUGGGCAGCGCCGGGAGCUGGACCGAGCGGCCGGUGCGGGGCCGCUCCUGCGGAUCUCAGCCACCUGCGCUGCCUGCCAGGGGGCGGGCCGAAACCUGGAGGCCUGGGGGGCCCAGCUCCCGUGGGGAGCCGUGGGCGCCCGCUGCCCGGGUCGGGCCGGUGAGUGACAGGAGCCGGGCCGAAAGACCGGCCUGACGCCGCGGGGCGGGCGGCGGCGGGCGCGGGGUUGGAGCUGGCCCGCGCAGGGCAAGGGCAUCGGUUGAGCAUCGCUUGAGCGUCUUCAUCGGCAGCCCGUGAAGUCUCCUCGAUGCUGGUGCCGAGGUCGCAGGACGGCCUCGGGGUAGAGGUCCGAAAGCCCCGCGCCUGAGGGCUGGCCGGCGGGGUAGCGGGAAACUAGUUUCUGUGACUGAAGCCCUGGGCUCCAUUGACCCGCAGCGCUGAAACGUGUCCAGUGCCAGCUUGAUGCUCUCCGGGGUCUUGUGUUGUUCCCAGGAGAGAAGAAUAAGCUGAGCAGACUCUGACCGUCGGUUUUCAGCCCGCCAGGACCCUCUGCGCAGCUCUCCUUUCGUGGCUCAUGUGCCACAUCCUCUGCCCUCAGUGUGCAGCUGGCCCCCAACGCAAUGUGUGUUUGUCAAACCAUGGAAGUGGGGCAGUAUGGCAAGAACGCGAGUCGGGCCGGAGACCGGGGAGUCCUCCUGGAGCCCUUCAUCCACCAGGUGGGCGGACACAGCAGCAUGAUGCGCUACGACGACCACACUGUGUGCAAGCCCCUCAUCUCCCGGGAGCAGCGCUUCUACGAGUCCCUCCCUCCUGAGAUGAAGGAGUUCACCCCUGAGUACAAAGGAGUGGUAUCCGUCUGUUUCGAGGGGGACAGUGACGGUUACAUCAACUUGGUGGCCUACCCGUACGUGGAAAGUGAGACCGUGGAGCCGGAUGACACACCGGAGCGGGAGCAGCCUCGGCGCAAGCACUCCCGCCGGAGCCUGCACCGGUCGGGCAGUGGCAGUGACCACAAGGAGGAGAAAGCCAGCCUACCCCUCGAAACCUCGGAGAGCCCCCAGGAGGCAAAGAGUCCAAAGGUGGAGCUACACAGCCACUCAGACGUCCCUUUCCAGAUGCUCGAUGGCAACAGCGGUCUGAGUUCUGAGAAGAUCAGCCACAACCCUUGGAGCCUGCGCUGUCACAAGCAGCAGCUGAGCCGCAUGCGCUCCGAGUCCAAGGACCGGAAGCUCUACAAGUUCCUCCUGCUUGAGAACGUGGUGCACCACUUCAAGUACCCCUGCGUGCUGGACCUGAAGAUGGGCACCCGGCAGCAUGGCGAUGACGCGUCCGCCGAGAAGGCUGCGCGGCAGAUGCGGAAGUGCGAGCAGAGUACGUCGGCGACGCUGGGCGUCAGGGUCUGUGGCAUGCAGGUGUACCAGCUGGACACGGGGCAUUACCUCUGCAGGAACAAAUACUAUGGCCGUGGGCUCUCCAUCGAAGGCUUCCGCAACGCACUCUAUCAGUACCUGCACAACGGCCUGGACCUGCGGCGUGACCUUUUUGAGCCCAUCCUGAGCAAACUGCGGGGCCUGAAGGCCGUGCUGGAGCGGCAGGCCUCCUACCGCUUCUACUCCAGCUCCCUGCUGGUCAUCUAUGACGGCAAGGAGUGCCGGUCUGAGUCCUACCUGGACCGCCGGUCCGAAAUGCGUCUGAAGCACCUGGACACCAGCCUCCCAGAGGUGGCCCCGCCCUGUAGCCCUAGCACCAGCCUCAGCGGCACCAGCCCGGAGGCGGGCCCCUUCUCUCCGCCCAAGGUGGACGUCCGCAUGAUCGACUUUGCACACAGCACGUUCAAGGGCUUCCGAGAUGACCCCACAGUGCAUGACGGGCCCGACCGAGGCUAUGUGUUCGGCCUGGAGAACCUCAUCAGCAUCAUGGAACAGAUGCGGGACGAGAACCAGUAGGCCCAGCUUGGGGCCCCCCGGACCCCCUUCCUCUCCACCCGCAGGCAGGGACCAUUGCUCUCAACUCGCCGUGAGGACACACAGACUUGCUUUUAAAGGGUUAUAUUUCUCUUUGGUGUAAACUAAAAGAAAUGUUUUUAGCUGUAGCCUGGAAUCCAUAUAUAUAAAGUGACGGAGGGCAGAACACGUCCUCUCAGCCAGGCUGCCUAGCUUGACAGCUCUAACUGCUGUGUCCAGGCAGACUUAGGAAGGAAGAGGUGCCCCUGGUGGGCCUGGCAGCAGGGACAGGUUGCCCUUGGACUUUGGUUUCUCUUGCCCAGGUCUUUGGGGUCUGUGACUGCAGGGUCCUGCUAGUUGCAGGGUGAAGCCCUGGGUUGGUGCAGGGCCCUUCCAUGUUCAUUCACCCCUGGUUCCUCACUCACAGAGGGUUGGGUGUCCAUCUCUUGGGGGACUUUGUAGCCUGUGCUGUGGGUAUCACCCAUCUCUUUGACAGGUGUUCCCAGGGCACCACGGGCCAACUGUACACAGCUGGACCCUUCCUGGUUCUGACCUUGGCAUGAGGCUAGAUUUGUGAAGCUGUGCUGAAGCCAGCUAUGGCAGAGGGCAGGCUCUGGGAUCCCCAGGCACUGUUUGGCACUUGAACCUGCUCCUGCCUGCACACCCCAGCCAGCCUUUCUCACCAAGAUCCCUUGCCUAAGGACGCCAUCCCCUCUUGCCCCACUGGAGGGGUCCCUGCUCUGUGUGCUAAGGAGAGUCAGCCUCCCAGCAGGCUUUGGGGCCUCCGACGGCUCUGACCCAGACAGUAUUUGCAGCCCCUGGGCUGUGGGCAGGAAUCUGCUUCCUCUGGCUUCUUGGGCAGCUCUGCUGCCUCGGAGAGACUGCUCCUUCCGGGGCUCAAAGGCCGUGGUCCGCUCAGGGUCUUAACCUCUCCCCAGGCCAAGCUAAAGGCAGCAUCCCACUAUGAGGAGCUCCAGGCUUGUGAGGGAGAAUUUUAAGCUUGUUUGCUUUUGAGGACAUUGGGCGCUGGGUGCAGAUGCCCAGAUUCUGCCAACUAGAGUUUUGUGUUACCAGUACCGGGGUCCCAUCCGUCUGUCCGUUCGUCCAUGUGCCAGCCCCUGUGAUCUUUUCCCCUGAGGUGUAGCCUUGUUCAGUAGUGAGUAUUGAUUUCCCUCAUGCUUCCCUCAGCAGAAUAUCCUCUUCCCCAUUUCUGAGGUGAGCUUUUGCCCCUGUGCCCUUCCUCAGCGGGUGCUACCUUUUAAAAAGUGGUAGCAAAAUGAGUCGGAGGAGGUGUUUCCCUGCUAGCUCAGAGCGUCUCUGUGAGCCUGCAGCAUGGCCCCCUCGGCACUCAGCAGUGACAGUGCCACAGUGAAGACCUCUAGGGGGUGACCCCUUCCUUGGCGAUGGUUUCAGUGAUUUUGCUGCCAGCCCGUAAUAGCACAGAGACCUGCCACCUCUAGCAGGUGUGGCCAGGAGCUCCCCUAGCUGUUGCCGAUGUUAGUGGCCUCCCCUCUGAGUCCAGGGCCAUUGUCUUUGUCACUGCUAGCAUGUCCCUGUUAUGGCAUUAAUGGUAAGCCUGCCAGCCUGAGUCUGAGAGGCCUCAGUAACUGAUGGACUACUUUCCCGGUUCCUUAGAGACGCAGCCUCACAUAGCUUAAAUGGGCUCCACGAUGGGAUCCCCUCUCUCGGCCCUCUGACCCUAGUGCCGUUAGUGGGCAGGUUCCCAUUCCUGGGGGCCAGGAGGAGUAGCCUGUCUGUUUCUGGUCGGUAAAGAGCAUCUUCCUCGUGUACUAUUCUGUGGCUUCAGCCAUGGGGGGCGGCGGGGAGCUCUUCCUUAGCGUGGCUAGUCAUUUCCUGGCAAGGCCGAGGCUAAACCAAAGGGUCUGGGCCCACUUGGGACCCACUUGAUGGCACCUCCCCAGUGUGGGGAUGUGCCGUGCUUCCUGAAUUAGUGUCCUGUGGGAGUUGCUGCCCCAUUCUGCUCUUCAUUGUGAGAGAGGUUACACCCACUCAUAUGCAGUAUUUUCCCGGCAGUAAAAGAGCAGGGCUGGUAUUUGCUGCUGCUUUCCCAGGGCAGGGUCCCUUUUCAGCACUUUUGAACACUUGCAAGACACAGCCCCGUUACCUAACGGGUGGGGGGCAUGUGUGUGCACUCGCUCUUUGCCACUAUUUUGCCCUGCUCCAUGCCAGAGAGCCCUGUCCCUGCCAGGCCCUGCCUUCCCAGCCCCAACUUGGGACCAAAGUGCAAGACGGGAUCACGGGUUGGGGUGUCCAAGUGACCCCUCUCUAUAGUGCUUCCGUGGGCCAAGUCGACACCAGCCCCCUAGCGGGGUGGGAUGGGCGGUGCUUAAAGAGGAAGGGGACCAGUGUAGCAACUUGCCAGGGACCCCACCCCUCCCUCACAUCCGGGCCUGUGCAGUGGGCGUGGGGAUUCUCCUAAGGGGCCAAAGGCCUGGGCUUGUUCGGUAUCCUCUGCUCCCUUGUUCUUAUCUGGUCACAUGCACACUCCUAGAUGCAGAUUGUUUUGAACUUUAAAACUGUUCGAUUUGGUUUUGUUUGUACCAAUUUAAAAAAUGUUUUAAUGGGGAAAAUUUGGGGGAGAACCGUGGGUAGGGCCUGGUUCCUUUGCUUCUCGGGGAACUACAAGGCCUCGUCUGGAGGACCGCUCUCUGCUCCACUUUACUGGAAGCUGCCUAAGCCUGUCCACGCCGUCCAAGCCCUGCGCCCGGAUAUGACACGUGGCUCCGGUCGCGUCUGGGCGCGGCUGCGUUUUCUCGGGACCUUGCGUGCAGGGGAGGGAGUGCUCAGGCCUUAUACCGAGCCCACCCUUUCUGUACACCUAGCGCUGCCCGCCCCGCUUGUGUCUGAGGUCGUGUAUGUCAAAAUAAAGCCGCUAGAAACUGA